AUGAAAAUUGCAGUGUCCUCUGCCCUUGGUGGUCUCACGUAUAAGCUUUGGUUCUAUACUGAUCAUGAACUACUCGAUUACAUGUCUGAUGAUAUCAGUAAACCAGAAAUAAGCUUUCUCAGCUUUCCUGACCUUGUUGGUCAAGCAUCUCAUAGACGCUACCCUCACAGCAAGGUGACUUAUUCGAGAUGGAGCACCUGCAUCGUUAACCGUCUCAAAUUGUUUUACGUUUGUGAUGGCGCUCCUGAUAGUGCUCUUACGCUAACUAACGCUGGGACCUUCACAGCAACGACGACAAUCACCAUCACUACUACUGUUACUGCUACUACUGCCACUGCUUCAUAUAUCACCGGAUCUAAAGGCAAGAAAAAGGGUAAUGGAUUCAAUGGCUAUUGCUGCUCCUCUUCUAAUGACUGCUGUGACAGCUGUAUUAAGGGAAAAUAUAAUGGGCCCAAGGCUCCUACUACCACUACCACUACUGCCUUGCAAUGCGCUCCUACCAACGCUAAAGGCAAUGACUGCUGCACUGCCAAAAAAUGCCAAAAAUAACAAAG